AUGCUUAACACAACAAUCAAAUCAUCUCCUAUCAAUACAAAGGAGACUUUUACAGAGGAUGAAUUUAUGAGAGCAAUAAAAAACAAGGAUAUUUUAAAGGUUCGUGAUAUUCUUGAUACAAAUUAUGAUCCUAAUAAGGCUUGCGAAUCAUCAAAAUGUCAUCCACUUGAGAUUUGUGAAGACUUUGAAAUUUUCAAGCUCCUCAUUGAGAGAGGAAUAAAUUUCAUGCAAAAAUACACAGAUGAUAAAGAAAAAACACAAAUACCUGUUUUCAAAAUCGUUUCUAGGAGAAACAAGCAGUUCUUUGAUUUCUUGAUUGAGAAAGGUUUAGAUAUCAAGAUUAACAAUGAAGUAAACCAAUCAACACUUGAUCAUUAUGCCGCAAAAAAUCCUGAUGUUGGAAUCAUGAAUUAUCUUAUUAAAAAGAAGAUGAAUUAUAAGAAUUCAGAGAAUUCAAAAGGCGAUCUUCCAAUUCACAUUGCUUGCAAACAUUCAAAUACUGAAGUUAUUAAAGCUCUUAUCGACAAAAGAUGCCAAAUUAGUAAAGAAAAUAAAAAUGGAGAAAUUUCUCUCCAUUUUGCUGUUAAAUUUGGAACACCAGAAAUUGUUAAAUUAUUACUUGAAAACAAAUCACAAUUUGGUGUUCUAGAUAAAUUUGGAAAUGCUCCAAUUCAUUACAUUUUUGAAUCUAAGUCUCCAAUAGAAAUGAUCAAAAAAUUUGUUGAAUGCCUCUGUAAAGAAUCCAAUAAUGUAAGAUUAAUAAUUGAUAUUCAAACAAAUGAAAACUUAACAUUAUUAUGCAAAUCAUGCAUUAAUAAUAAAGUUGAAAUUGCUAAAUAUUUAAUAGAAAUCGGUUCCGAUGUCAAUUAUCAGAUGCCAAAUGGAGACACUCCUCUCAUUUUAGCCAUUAAAUAUGGAUCUGAUACAAAUACAGAUAUUAUCGAUCUACUACUCAAGAAAGAUGCUGAUGUCAAUCAUGUCAAUAGCAAAGGAGAUUUUCCAUUGAAAUUGGUAAAAUCGAUUCAACAUUUUAAUGCUUUAAUCAAAUACAAACCUCAUCUGAAUAAUAAUUCUUGUGAUUUAAUGGAUCAUCAUUUCUUCUCCAAGCAUAUUGAUGUUGCAAAUGAAUUGGGAAAAAUUCUCAAAGAUUAUAACUAUUACAAUUGCUUCCAAAAAGCAAUUGAUAUGAAAAAUGUUGAAUUUGUUGAAAUGUUGGCAAAAUUUGGUGCAAAUGUUAAUUCCCAAGAUAUUUUGGGUAUGUCUCCUUUUCAAUAUGCAGUUUGUAGUGGACAAUCAGAAAUCGUCAAAUUAUUAAUUAAACUGGGCGCUGAUCUUGAACAUGAAGAUAUUGAAGGUAACACAGCUUUUCUAUUGGCAGCUAAGUAUUCUGCCGUAUCGGAUGAAAUUCUAGAUCUCUUGGAUGAAAAAUGCGACAUUUUGCAUGCAAACCAUUCAGGUCAUUCAGCAUUCUAUAUUGCAGCUGAAUACAAAAAUGAACAUUUUCUGAAACAUUUUUAUAACAAAAAACCAGAUCUAUUAAAAAGAAUGGCAAAGGACAAAGGAAAUGAUUUGUACACUGUGAAAUUAAUUUGCAACAAAAACAAAUAUCCAUAUUUGUUAAAAUACUUUGGUAUUCCACCAUUUCCAUUUGAGCCACCAAUCGUAAUUUUACAAGAUAAACUGAAAGAUAAAGAUAAAUAUGGAGAUUCAGAUAUUCUUUGUGCAAUCAGGAACAGAUAUUACACUGCAUUUAUUCAUUUUUAUAAUGAAUCAAAUCCGAAACCAGAUCUGAAUCAAACAAAUAAGUUUGGUGAAUUCCCAUUAUUUGUAGCUUGUUAUCAAGACUUUUCUUGGAGAUUUAUUGAUUAUAGAUCUGCAAUUUUCCCAAAUGAACGGGGUGGAUAA